CCGAACUUUCCAUCGCAACUAUUGCAGCCAUGGAGACCGCGCAACAGACGCCCGCGCCGGGUACGUUGAGUUGGAAGCUCAGUAGCCAUCCUAUUACCCUUCUCACGUUUCUGUUCUUCAGAAUUUCAAGUCUAUUAGUCUACCUAUUCGGCCUGCGUCUUUUCACGAGCAACUUCGUCCUCAUAUUCAUCAUCACUAUCCUGCUCCUCGCAACCGACUUCUACUACCUCAAGAAUAUCGCCGGUCGCCGUCUCGUGGGCCUGCGCUGGUGGAACGAAGUGGAUACGGCAACGGGCGAUUCGCGAUGGGUGUUUGAGAGCGCGGAUCCCGAGACGAGAGAGAUUAAUGCAACGGAUAAGCGCUUUUUCUGGCUUGCGUUGUAUGCGCAGCCUGUGCUGUGGAUUCUGUUGGCUAUUGUUGCAUUGGCGAGUUUGGAGUUUAUUUGGCUGACGCUUGUUGUCAUCGCGCUCAUCCUCACAAUUACAAACACCCUCGCCUUCUCCCGAUGCGACAAGUUCAGUCAAGCUACUGGCUUCGCCUCCAGCGCCGUAUACUCAUCCGGGCUAGCGAGAAAUCUUGCGGGUGGUAUGGUGAGUAGUUGGUUCAGAAGAUGAUUUUAUAGCAGGAAAGAGCGAAGAUCGUGUGGGAAGGGAACUGCACCUUGUACUAUCAUCAUUAAGGAAAAAAUAUGUAUAACUGCAUGGACAGAGUAUGGAACAUUAACUAUUUUUUUGGUUGGAGUUGGUCGAGUAGGUAUUACAGCAAAAUAUCCUUUCACACUCGAAAUUGUAAGCGACGUCAACCAUUAUGUCCUCAGUCACACAGGGACGACUUCCUCAUCCUCUU